AUGCCAGCACCACUGAAUAGCUAUCUUCUUCGCAGUCAAGAUACAAUAAGACCAGAAGCAAGAGUGCAUCAACAAGCAACAGAGACAACAGCUUCAGCGUCAACAGCUUCAACUUCAACAGCCACUACAACAUCAACAGUACCUGUCCUAUCAACAGAUACCAUAUCAACCUUGACAACAACAUCAACAGUAUCAACUGCAUCAACAACAUCAGCAGCAUCAGCAGCAUCAACAGAUUCAACUGCAUCAACAUCAUCAACACCUGCAGUAGUUCAAUUAAAACAAGGUGUAAACGAACGAGUUGAUGAGUUUAUGGCAAGGUUACAGGAAAAAACAAUAGGACAGGACAUUCCUGACGACAUAAAGAUAGGUAUUGCCAUACAAGGUUUCAGAGGGGAGAUAGGGAAAACAGUGCAUAACACUUUCCCAAAGCCAGCUACUUUGGAACAGUUAAGGGCAAUCGCAGAAAAUGCAGAAAAAUCCGAACAACUUGCACCAGCAUCGUCCAUUACUGCUGAUACAAUUGCAGCAAUACUGGAAGCCAAGAUGCAAGAACCAUUGGAAGAGAUCAGAAGACUACAUACAUCUAUUAACAUGGCAAGACCAAACCAGCCUCAACAGAACAAAAACAGGUACAACAAACCAAGACAGAACUACCGACAAGGAACUGGUAACCAACAACAACAUGCUUUUGUACCCCAACAACAAUACAUUCCACAACAGCCAGUGUAUAAUGGACAACAGUACAGCCAACCAAUGCCAGCAGCAGUACAAAAUCCGUAUCACCAGCAACAACAACAACAACAAGAAGAUGGAUCAUGUCAAAAUUGUGCAAAAGAGGUGAAAUACUUAGGUCACAUCAUUUCAAAAGAAGAAUCUCAAAAUAUAAAGUCUGGGAAACGGGUAACGUUUGAUUGGUCAUGCAAUAUAGGAGAACCUGCGUUAGAUAUAGCUGUGAUAAGUUAUCCUAAUGUUCCACCAUCUUUAUUGAUACUGGGUGAAAGAAACAUAUUUUGUGUAGCAGAGAAUGGAAAAUUAAGAUAUAUGAAAAAGUUUGAUUAUGAUCCAAGUUGUUUCAUUCCACAUGGUUCAAUGCAAGAAGGGACUAUAAGUUACCUAGUGGGCACACAUACCAAGUCUUUAAUGGUGUUCCAAGAUGUUAUGUUGAAGUGGUCAGCCAAGCUAGAUCAUGUGCCUGUACAGAUAUGUUUAGGAUCUUUUUCUGGUCUGAAGGGUGUAAUAGUAACUUUAAGUGAUAAGGGUCAGUUAGAUUGUUCCUACCUGGGAACAGAUCCUGCUUUGUUUAUUCCACCAACGACAGAAGCCAGAGAAUUGAAUUACGAUGAAUUAGACAGAGAAAUGGCUUCACUUCAACAGAGAAUUAAAAAAUCUGCUCACAAAUCAGUGAUUACACCUAAUUUGAAACAAGAAGAUGAUUUGACGAUAUUUGUAUCCCCUAACCCAGGCUUUGAUGAAGUUUCUACUGCCAGUGGAGUAGAAUUCCAGGACUCAGAUCCUAUUCCGUCCAUAUCUGUCAGGGUUCAACUGAAAUCCAGGAUGACAUUAGAAAAUGUCAAAUUGUUAAUACAUGCCAGCUGGCCAUUGGCUUCAAAUCAAACCUCAAUAGAAAUCCCUAGUGUUGAUCCAAGUAAACCAUCAGAAAGCUUUGUUUCCUUCUUUAUUAAAGGAAAAGCAUUACAUCCAGAUUUAGUAGCUUCUGUCACAGCUAACUAUACUAGUGCUUCAGGAGCACCACGUGUAGCUACAGCCACAGUCAAGUUACCACUGAAGUUGGUAGUCAAACCAGUAUUACCAGUAAAAACAGCUGAGUAUAAGAUCACAUUGGAUACAAAUAAACCCCCAACAAACCUAAAUGAUAUAUUUCCAGAGCUACUUGGUGAAAAUGUUUCAGGCCCAGGAGCUGCGUUAGGAUUCCAGUAUUAUGGAGGACCAAUUGUCACAGUCCUUGCCUCAAAAACUUCUCAACGGUACAGAUUACAGUGUGACAGGUUUGAAGGCAUGUGGCUGAUAGUCAAGGAACUCUCUAGUCGUUUAAAUAAUUAUUUUAACAAGGGAAAGACGGGAAGUUUUGCUAUAUAUUAUUCCGGCCAGGUGCCGUUACAGGAAUACUUUGAUUUAAUAGACAUUCAUUUUGAGUUCCGAUUAAAUGCAGAUAGAUGUAAAGAAUUGCUCUCCCAACGAUCAGCACAGUUUAGAUCAAUACAAAGACGACUUUUAACACGAUUUAAGGACAAGACACCAGCUCCACUACAAAAUUUAGAUACAUUAUUAGAAGUGAAUACUAGAACAGAAGCUAGUGGCAAUGAUAAGACUUCUGAGAGUAUCCAAGUGGAAUUCUUUUAUGAUGAUUACACUAUGGUUGCUCCAUUAGAUCCCGUUAUUGCCAGACCAGAAUUGUCAAACCUUCCUGCUAUUGCAAAGUUGCAACAAAAUUGUCAUGAUUUUGGAAAUAUGUACAGAUUUCUUAAUCAGGGUAUUCUUCCUGCAGACAAUGAUCAGAGUUCAAAAGUUCAAAAAUCUGCUCAAGAUUACUCCAUCUGUAAUAAUGUUCUGUAUAAGUGGUUUCAGAAGAGAGUCAGAGUUGACAAUGAAAAUGAGAGUUCAGAUUCAGAAACUAACAGUGAUAAUGGAGAUGAACCGAACAAUGUUAUUGAUGAUACGUUUCAUGAGGUUGAGAAACUACUAAAUAACAGGAAUACAAGAGGAUUUUGA